GCUUUGUUUGCAAUGUGUUUCAGUGUCAUGGAUGGUAGCUUUACUGCCGACGCACCCCUGCUGCAUGUGCUGAAGACCGACUAUCACUCAUCUGUAUCUUGCCCGUGAUCAGAUCACCUGAGAUGGGAACAAGGCAGAGGACAUGCGUGGCAUGCAGGCAGUCCAGGGAUAGUUCGAAAGUAAUCUUCUUAGAUAGCCAUGCAUCGACUAGCUCUGUCAGGGCAGAUCAGGGUCGACCCAGUAUUGAACAUCCUUGGACUGGUGUCAAGAUGCUCAUGAUACGGGUAUUGAAUCGGUAAAACAUCGACCCAUUCACCGAUGCCACCGAAGGAUAUCUCAAUCCUGCUCACCACCAGGUCCCUGCGCAUGUUUGCGUUCGGAUCGGUGGGGCUGAUCCUGGCCCUGUUCCUGCACGAGUCGGGCUUGCCAGACCGCCAGCUGGGCGCAGUGAUGACCCUGGCACUCCUGGGAGACGCGGGCAUCAGCCUGGCGGUCACGCUGCUCGCGGAUCGCGUCGGCAGAAAAGCGAUGCUUUUGAUGGGAUGCGCCUUGAAGAUCCUUGCUGCAGCGAUCUUCGCGCUGCCAGGCACCCUGUCGUUCUGGCUUCUAUCCUUAGCAGCCUGUGUGGGCGUGGUGUCGCCCUCCGGCAACGAGGUGGGCCCGUUCAUGGCCCUGGAGCAGAGCAUCCUGUCCCAGAUGCUCCCCCCGAGCGCUCGCACGACGGCCUUUGCCUGGUACAACGUGGUUGGAUAUGCGUCCUCUGCCGCCGGCGCUGCCGAGGCCGGCCUGCUGGUUGACGCACUGCAGCAGCAGUUUGGCCUCAGCGCACUCGACAGCUACAAGACGGUCUUCUGGCAGUACGGCGCGCUUGCCACGCUGGCAGCCCUGUGCUUCACGUGCCUGUCUGGCAGGGUAGAGGCCCCGCCGCAUGCAGGCAAUACCAGAGAUCAAGAACAAGAGCAGGGGCCGGGGGUACAGAGACACGCGCUCGGCUUGUCGAAUGAAUCUAUGAAUAUCCUGGCGCCGCUGUCAGCGCUCUUUGCACUGGACUCCUUCGCGGGCUCGCUGAUCACAGGCAGCCUGCUGGCGUACUACUUUCGGCAGCGGUUCGGUGCGAGCGCUUCAUUUCUGGGAGGACUGCUUUUUGCCUCCAACAUGAUCGCUGGAGCCUCCUCCCUGUCAUCAGGGUGGAUUGCCAAUAGGUUUGGGCUGGUGAAUACAAUGGUGUUCACGCAUUUGCCCUCCAAUGUGCUCACCAUCCUCAUCCCGUUCAUGCCCACCGUAGAGCUGGCGUCAGCAAUUGUCUUCCUCAGGUACAGCAUCUCCCAAAUGGACGUGGCGCCGCGGCAGAGCUUUGUGGCGGGGAUCGUGCCUGCAGCAGAGCGGACAGCCACCAUGGGAAUUGUCAACGUGGUGAAGAGCCUGAGCGCAUCUCUGGGCCCCUUAGUCACCGGUUUCGCGGCGGGCAGCGGCAGUUGGACGGCCAUUUUCGCGCUGUGUGGCGGGCUGAAGAUUGUGUAUGACUUGGCGCUGCUGUACUCCUUUGGGCAUGUGAAGGCUGAUGUGGAAAUGGCGGGGGCGGCGGCUGUGGCUGCACACAGGGAUGGAGCCUUGCAUCGGGGAGAAUUGGAGGCGCCUUUGCUAGGGGAGACAGAGCAUGGUCAGAUUGCUGAUCUUCUGGUGAAGUGAGUGCGGGGGAGUGAUUGCUCCUAGACCUGCUAUAAUUUUACUCAAGGUUACCUUUUGUGUACACUAGAAAAAUUGAUAGAACAGAGAUGCAAGACACACAUGGCAGUGCGAACUUGGAGAGAGGGCUGCCCCGCGGUGUUUAUGCAGUGUCGAGACAUACAGACACCUUUGGCAAGACAUCUACAUUGUUUAGUGAAUUGCUCAUGCAGUGGUGUCCAAAAAUCAUGUAGACUGCCAGUGCAGAUGACCUCAGUAUUCGUUGAUUUGAGUCAAUUACAUGCUUAAAAUGCUACAACUCUUCCUCGUGAAUUGUCAGUCAGACAGACAGAUGGUUUGAGAAGCUACUAUACAAAUCUGUCACUCGGCAACACAUGCUAAAUACGGCACAUUCACGUAGGCACACCCGGCUCAAUGAGGCUGCAUGCAUAUGGAGUCUGUGCCUUUGAAACCGCUUCAUACAAGAUGCUUGCCAGACGGUGAUCAUGAAAGCGCGCAGCACAAUAAUAAAAUCUCUGUCCUUGCACAACUCUGCACCGCAUGCUGAUCGUUUCAGGUCCCUUCCGUGGAUGUGUUCUGUCAGUGUCAAUGUCAGAUCAGUGGGCACAUCUCCUCACAGCUUGCACUGACGAGUGCACCAAAGCGGCGGCCACACUCUUUGGCUGCCGCCAGAGCCUGGUAGCAGCUUGGUCAUGCAGUAAAAUUCCACUUGGUGCAAAACACCUCCCAAAAUAAUGGCCCAAUAGCCAGUACAUGAGUCUUGACCAGUCCAGUCUUGAGAGCUCCUGCAAGGCUGCUGCAUGUGCAAUCUCUCCCCAAUGCACAGCAGACAAUCGCACAAGACAUGGCAGCCAAUCUCUUUGUUCCUGCAGGAUAUCCAAUCCUGCCAACCACCAUACUUCAUUUCCCGCCCAUGCUGCUAUCCCCCGACCAACCUCAGUCCAACCCCAACCCCAUCCGCCCACACACAAACCCACCAAGCCAUCCAGCAGCCUGCAUUCUGCGUGCAGGCAACUUCCAAUCAGCGCCAAGGCUGCCCAGAUUCGCGCCAGUCUUGAUGCAGCAGUCAGGAAACUCCAAUCCCCACAAAUUUCUUCGCCAGUCCGGUAAGCUGCCAGAAGUGGCGCUUCUGCCAGUCUGGCACCAUCGCCACAUUUGGCCGAGCCAUCGCCGUCGCCAAAUUUGGC